AUGACCCUGUCGACACCGCCACUGCUAGCACAUUACACCGGCACGUGCAGCAACUACCACCCCGACUGCAUCGGGCACACGCCGAAAGUCUUGUUCAACAUAGGCUUCCCCAUGGUCACCGUUGGAAUGUGCAGCAUUGUCAUCAUCUUUGAAAUAAUAUAUGAAGAUUGCGAUAUAGAUGACGAAAAGAAAGAAAUUAUCGGCUUGAACAUCACCAAUCACCCGGUUACAGCUAUCCUCAAUUACAUUAUUAACAUUGCCCUCUCCUACAUAAAGCCUUGGUCCGCUCGUUUUGCAAUCCCUUCAUUUUUCUCAGUUAUAUCCGUGUUCUUGUUUUUAUUCGUGCCGUAUAAAGAGGAAGGAGUAAUGCUAACCAAAGGUAUCGACGGAUUGGCUAAAGAGAGCCCUAUAACGCGAGGCGUGAGAGUCUUGGUGGCCUCAAUUUCCAAGAAUUUCCAUAAAGUCGACGAUCAAAUCCGCCUUCACGACCAAGAAAAUCGCCAAACCUCAUUGCCCCGUACUCGGGGACUCAUGUUUUUGGAUAAGGCCACGAUCAUAGUGCCCGGAAAGAGUUCGGAGGAACACGAGAAGCAUAAAUGGACAUUGUGCACUAUUACAGACGUCGAAAAGACAAAACUCGCGAUUCGUAUGGCUCCCUUAAUCCCAUCCAUCGUUCUUUGCGGCGUCAUAAUCUCCAUCUGCAACACCUACUUCAUAGAGCAAGCCAACACCCUAAACCCGAAGAUCGGGAAAUGGAAAACCUCGUCAUGCUACCUUCUCGCCACCUACGAUACCCUAAAACAAUCCAUGAAGAUAAUUACCUUCCUAUUCCAACUAGCAUCCCCUCGGGCGGGGAUUAGCACGGCGAUGUUUUUUUCGGUGCUGUGCUGCAUAACGGCCGCAAAAGUAGAGCGACGGAGGCUGCAAGCCAUCACGCGCCACGGCUUGAUCGACAAGCCCGACCAGAGGAUCCCGAUGAGCAUGUACUGGAUGCUCCCGCAGUUCAUUCUUCUCGCCAUGGUCGAUUCCCUUCUCGAAGCUAAUGCGAAGUCGUUCAUAGGCAGACGGUACAAAAAGGCAUUACGCCUGCUGUACCCAUUUCUUUUCGCUCGGGCAAUCAUCGGCGCCGGAAUCUUGGUCGGCAUUUUUUCAGUUCAUUUGGCCGGAAAGUUUAGCAAGCAUGUCGGCCGGAGGGUGAACUGGUUUCAGGAAACGCUGAAUCAGAGCCGAAUGGACUGUUAUUACUGGGCAUUGACUGUGCUCUGCGUAGCUAAUUUUGUGUUGUUUCUGGUGUUGUUGUUCUACUUCAAGUGCACAUCAGGCCAUGAAUAUAAGAGUUAA